AUGGCCUCUCCUCCUCUGUGUGCCCUCAGCUGUCAGGAGGCGCAGGAGGAGCUGCUGGAGUUUCAGGAGGGGAGCCGGGAGCUGGAGGCCGAGCUGGAGGCACAGCUGGGCCAGGCCGAGCACCGCAUGAAGGACUUGCAGUCGGAGAACCACAGACUCAAGAGUGAGGUGGACUCGCUCAAGGAGAGGUUUGAGCAGCAGUACUCUCAGAGCUACAAGCAGAUCUCCAUGCUGGAGGACGACCUCGGCCAGACACGCAGCAUCAAAGAUCAGCUCCACAAAUACGUCCGGGAGCUGGAGCAGUCCAACGAUGACCUGGAGAGAGCCAAAAGAGCUACCAUCGUGUCUCUGGAGAACUUCGAGCAGCGUAUGAACCUCGCAAUCGAGAGGAACGCCUUCCUGGAGAGCGAGCUGGAUGAGAAGGAGUCUCUUCUUUUCUCUGUGCAAAGAUUUAAGGAUGAAGCCAGAGAUUUGCGGCAGGAGCUGGCUGUACGAGAGAGGAACACAGAUGUGAGCAGGAUGUCCGCCCUGAGCUCCCCCACAGAGGACACUGAGAAGAUGGACACGGCUGUCCAGGCCUCCCUCUCUUUGCCUGCAACCCCAAUGGAGAAAGGUCUGGACAACACCUUCGCCAACCCCGCAGGUCUAUCAAACGGCUUUGGCAGCAACACUCCGUUGACUCCUUCUGCCAGAAUAUCAGCCCUCAACAUCGUCAGUGAUUUACUGCGGAAAGUCGGGGCUCUGGAGUCGAAGCUGGCUGCCUGCAGGAACUUUGCCAAGGACCAGAAAGCGAGGAAGGCGUACACUCUGGACAACGGCAACGUGCUCAACGCAAACACGGCUAACUACUCACAAUCACUCCACACGUCGUAUUUCGACAAAGCCAGGUCGGUGAAUGGACUGAAGCCUGGUACCCAGACAGCCAUCACCGCCCCCCCCGCUGCCUCGUCCCAGGGCUUAGUGCCUCUCCUGUUUGACGGUAAACCCAAUGCAUCGUCCUUCCAAUUGAAAAUCACAUCUAUGAAGACAAGGCCUCAGACAAAUACUGUAAAACGUUAUUGAUGUACUGUUGUACCCCUCUCUGUUGUUCUGACCCGAUACACUGUACUUAUGGGUCGCUGUCUGUAUAUUUCAUGUGUUACUGUAUCUGCUGUUUGCUCACUGGCUUGUACAAAGAUCUACUCUUCACAAAUGUAAAGAUUUACUAGGAUCUCACCCUGAAUUGUGAAAUAUGUGCACCAUAUCAGCCUAAAAGCAUGGAUUGAUUACUGAUCAGGCUUACCGGCCACAGGCCAGAGGGUCAGGUUUCACGUGUUCGACCCAGGAAGAGACUCAAAAUGACCACAAAGAAACAUGAGGGGACUACAACGAGACACCAAACAACUACAACGAGACACCAAACAACUACAACGAGACACCAACAACUACAACGAGACACCAAACAACUACAACGAGACACCAAACAACUACAACGAGACACCAACAACUACAACGAGACACCAAACAACUACAAAGAGACAUCAACAACUACAAAGAGACAUCAACAACUACAAAGAGACAUCAACAACUAAAAGACUCAAAACAACUACAAAGAAACACCAAACUAUGAGCCUUAAAAUUAGUCAAGACAAAAAACAACAACAAAGUGAUACCAAAUAAAUACACAAAUAUUUUAAAUGACUAUAAAGAGAAACAACUAAAAGAGACACACAUCUAAAAAAAUUACAAAGACAAAUCAACUUCAAAGACACACAAAUGAUCCAAAAAAGACAAUUAAAAAGACUACAUAGAGCAAAACAAUAAUAAAAGACACGGAGAGGCAACUACUGAAUAACAAGUUGGGGCUCGCUGUCUCACAAUCCUCUGAUUAAAUAUGCAAUUAAAAUGUGUUUUUUAAAAAUAAAUAAAUAAAGAAUGCAACAGCUUUUUUCGGCCUUUAAACCUUGUCAUUAUUACAGUCUAUGCUUUAAACUAGCAAUAACUUUAGUUAAGUCGUCAGUGAUGUGCACUCACAUCCACGUGCUGAAACCAUGAAAGGAAAAUAACCAGUUAUAUGGGUUGCCACAUGCGCAGAUAUCCUAAAUAAUCGUGUGCCACAUGGCCAGUUCUCCAUUCAUUAUUGAUGUUUGCAAAAUGUGGGGUUAAUGUUUUAAACAUGAUCUCUGUUGUGUCUGUGAUUUGAGAAUUCAACCGUUAUCUUGUGACCCCUGUUUUAUAGAAUUUAAGUUUCAAGCAUUUUGAAAAGAAGGGAAGGUGAGUCUGUGUCAUUGUAGUGAAUCAAACACCAUCUAUCCUCUGAACUAUGUGACAUGAUGUGUACAGUAUGGGUCAUAUUGAUCAAUGUUUAUCGACAGCCUUUAAGUGGUGCUGUCGUCGUGUUCAGACCAGUUAACCAGCAUUCUUUUAUUCUGUAGUCAGUUUUGAUCAUGUUGUAAAAGCUUUUGAUUUAUAACACAUUUUCAGAGCAAUUGAAGCACUUUGACUUUGUUUGAACUCACUUUUUAUUCAAGUGCAAUAUUGCUUGUUUGUUAGUUAUAGUUUGUAGGUUUUAUUUAUUUCAGAUUUCUUUUACGGCAUGUUUUAAUAAAAGGAGCAAUUCUGUAACAUU